AUGGAGCCGCAGCCGCGGCCCCUGCGCCAUGACUGGCCCCCGGCCAUGAGGCCGAAGAAGAAGAAGCACGGGCCCGGCGCUGUGAGGCGGAUGAUGAGCUACGUUUGGCAAAUGUGGUCGAAUGGCAUUCUUCUUCAAGCCUUGGGACUUCCUUUGCGGCAUCUCCUGGCCAUUUACGGCCUUCGACUCUGCUGCACUGGACAGGUACCCUGGCGCACGGGCCUUCUUGCUGUGGCCCUGUGGCCCUUCAGCGGGCUGGGCGUCACUGCGGGCGCCCACCGGCUGUGGACUCAUCACUCCUAUGUGGCGUCUUCCGCCAUGGAGGCUCUGCUAAUGGUCAUGUUUUCCAUGGCGGACCAGGGCCCGAUCGAAGGCUGGGCUCUGACGCAUGCUAUGCACCACGCAGCCAGCGACACUCGCUUUGAUCCACACGAUCGCAACGCUGGCUUCUGGUAUGCUCAUGUGGGCUGGCUCUUCUCUGCAAUGAAGUUCCGGCUUGCCACGAGGGAGUACCGGCGCGUAGUGGACCGGCUUAGCCCCAUCGUCAAGUUCCACGACUCGUGUUCUAUCUGGUGGGACCCACUUUGGUCCCAUGGAGUGCCGGCAGCAUUGGCGGCACUGUGGGGAGACCCGCGCGGCGGCUUUUUUGUCGCAGGGGCCCUCCGUUGGAUGAUUGUGCAGCACAUCACGUUCGCUGUGAACUCCAUGGCGCAUGGUGACCAGGAGGAAGGGAAUGCCUACGCGUUCGACCAGGAUUCUUCGGGCAUCGGACCUAAGGUUAGCCUGCUGGUAUCUCUGCUGGCGCUUGGGGAGGGCUGGCACGACUACCAUCAUAUCUUCCCAUGGGACUACGCAGCUGCAGAUGCUCAGCUCAACCUUGAUGAGGCUGCGGCCCUCUGGAGUUCCAGUCGCUGA